AUGGGCCUGAGUCACUCGAAGAAUCGGAGCCAGGUGACCAAAGUAGCCCCGAUGCCCGCCAAAGAGGUCGCGUCCCGGUCUCCAGGAUGUGCGCCCGUGUACGGAUACCAGAGCCCUUUGAGAGAGCGGCGUUCCAGCUCCCUCGCUCCUCUGACAGAGAGGAACCCGCUGUCGGAGAGGCAUCUUCCCCCCCUGCGGGAAACCUGGUAUUCAAGAUAUCCUGCAGUGCCUCGUCCCUCCCCACUGGAUCUCAAGCCAGAAGAGGGAGAAUCAAGCAUCAUCAAACAGCACCCCCCUCGUAGACCACAGAAGUUGGAACCUCUCGUCCUUCCAAAAGAUGUCUCUUUGGAUACGUUCUCAAGACAACGGGAGGGGACAGCGGCCCGGACACCAAAGGAGCUUGAGAAACGGGGGCCGGCCGUUCUGUACCCCCCAGGAAGAAGACGGCAGCACCUUCACAAGAUGAAAAUGCUGGAAAUGCGCCAAGAGGCAGAACGGAAGAGGAGGUUGCGCCGAGGCAGCGCCAAGUCAAAAACGAGGGAUGCCAAAGUCCGGCAGGCGUUUCGUCACGGGCAGCCGUUUGACAGCUCAGACGACGAGGACCUCUUUGCCGUUGAGCAUGAUGGAGAUAUUGGGAUCAAUCCUUGGGUCGGACAGAUACUAAAAGGGCACGGACGGCCAGAGACCCAGCCAGGACAGAUCGGCAAAGUGGAGACGUGGUUGCUGAAGCAGCAGGCGAGCAGCAAAUCGUUUUGGGAUACUUCAAGCACCGACUCAGAUAGUUGGGAAGAACUAGAAGACGGGAGGUUUACCAGGAGACCAGCUUUAGUGAGAACCAAGACAGAGAGGAUCCAGCUCUUUGAUGACUUCUUUGACCAACCACUCUGAUCUACAGACACCAGAAUGGGGCCAUCUUGGUGGUGAGCAUGGAACAAUCCGCCCAUGCACAGUAGAGCCCAAAACAACUCUAAGA